AUUAAUAAUUAACAAUGAAUGUAUACUAAUUCAAUCUCUCUAACUCAUCUUCCAUCUCUUUCCUAGCUCCUGCACAUUUCGGCCUUGAAGUCAAACCUACACAUUUGAGAGAAUCUUCUUUCUUCUUAAACUCUAUAUCCAAAUCCAAUUGAGCAAUUUUUCAAGGUGGCUCCAAAUUUUUAAUGAGGAGAUAAUGAAGUUAUUUGGUAUAGUUUUGAUGUAUAUGAUUAAGCAAUAAGGUUCUUUGUUCUAACUUUACCAUAAUUAAGUCCUACAAAGAUGUUGGUUUUCAAGACAGAUAAAGAAAUGCAAUUGAGAAGGAAUUUUAUGGUUCUUGGUGGUAGAUACCAAGUUAUUUGGCAAGGAUUCAAGGCUGAGAACACCAUGGGAUGAUCAUCAUUUACAUAGAUGAUGGAUUUACAAGAUUAUUGGAUAUUAAGAUUGGUUUUUGUUGUAUAUGUUCUUUGUGUCUACAUAUUUAUCAGAUCAGCUUCUGCAAGUGAAGGGUUUGAGAGCAUAGCAUGCUGUGCUGAUUCAAAUUAUACAGAUCCAGUGACCACCUUAAAUUACACAACAGAUUACAGUUCUUUCCCUGAUAAGAAAAGUUGCAGGCACCUAUCUGAAACCGUGUUACACCAAAUUAGAGACGAAAAUUUUCGAUUGUUUGAUAUAAAUGAGGGAAAGAGAUGUUACAAUUUGCCAACAACUCCUAACAAAGUGUAUCUGAUAAGGGGCACAUUUCCCUUUAAGAAUUCAUCAAAUUCUUUCUUUGAUGUUUCAGUAGGGGUAACUCAAUUAAGCAGAGUGAGAUCAUUCAGGUCUCAGGACUUAGAAAUAGAGGGAGCUUUCAGGGCCACACAAAACUUCACAGACUUCUGCUUAGUGAAAAGGGUGGGUAGUCCCUAUAUUUCGCAGCUCGAAUUAAGGCCACUUCAUGAAGAGUACCUGCAAGGUUUACCUGCUAGUCUUCUGAAACUGAUAACCAGAAAUAACCUUGGAGGCAACAUCAGUUUCAGGUACCCUGUUGACAAGAGUGAUAGAAUAUGGAAAGAAACUUCAAGUUCAUCAUCAUCAGCUCUUGCAUUAUCUUUAAACAUCACCAAUUUUGAUCCCAAAACUAGUAUCUUCCCUCCCCUGCAAGUCCUACAAACUGCUCUUACCCACUCUGAGAGGUUGGAGUUCAUCCACAAUGUCCUCAACACCACGGAUUAUGAAUAUCGCAUGUUUCUCUACUUCCUUGAAUCAAAUAGUACUCUCAAAGCAGGACAAAGAGUGUUUGACAUCUUUGUUAACAGUGAGAUCAAAGAGGGAAGAUUUGACAUAUUGAAUGGAGGGUCCAACUACAGAUACACUCUCUUAAAUGUAUCAGCAAAAGGAUCAUUGAACCUAACCUUGGCCAAGGCAUCUGGUUCCGAGAAUGGACCACUUCUGAAUGCUUAUGAGAUCAUGCAGGUACAUCCAUGGAUUGAAGGGACCAACCAAACAGAUGUGGAAGUGAUUAAAAAGGUAAGAGAACAGUUAUUGGUGCAAAACCAAGACAAUAAAGUGCUGAAGAGUUGGAGUGGAGACCCUUGUAUUCUUUCCCCAUGGCAUGGAAUAACAUGUGAUCAUUCAAGUGGUCCAUCUGUUAUCACUGAUUUGGAUCUUUCCUCCAGUGAUCUCAAAGGACCAAUUCCUUCCAGUGUCACUGAGAUGACCAACUUGAGAACACUGAACCUGAGCCACAAUAGCUUCACUGGUGAAAUCCCCUCCUCAUUUCCACUUUCUUCCUUGUUGACAUCAAUAGAUGUGAGUUACAAUGACUUAGAGGGAUCCCUUCCAGAAUCCAUUUCCUCACUGCCAAAUUUAAAAACACUAUAUUUUGGUUGCAAUGAACAUUUGAAGGAAGACAUUCCACCAAAAUUGAGCAGUUCACUAAUCCAGACAGAUGGCGGAAGAUGCAAGGAAGAAGACUCCAGACUUGAUCAAGUAGUGGUUAUUAGUGUGGUUACAUGUGGAUCACUAUUGAUUACUUUGGUUAUUGGAGUUAUUUUUGUUUGCUGUUAUAGACAUAAACUAAUUCCAUGGGAAGGAUUUGUUGGAAAGAGAUACCCAGUGACAACAAACUUAAUUUUCUCUUUGCCAAGCAAAGAUGACUUCUUCAUAAAGUCUGUGUCAAUUCAAGCAUUCACUUUGGAAUAUAUAGAGGAGGCAACAGAGAAGUACAAGACGUUGAUAGGUGAGGGAGGGUUUGGUCCAGUUUACCGGGGCAUGCUAGAUGAUGGUCAAGAAGUGGCAGUGAAAGUCCGGUCAGCCACGUCGACUCAGGGAACUCGAGAAUUUGACAAUGAGCUAAACUUACUCUCUGCAAUACAGCAUGAGAACCUUGUGCCUCUUAUUGGUUACUGCAAUGAAAAGGAUCAACAGAUUCUCGUGUACCCUUUUAUGUCCAAUGGCUCUUUGCAGAAUAGACUAUAUGGGGAACCAGCAAAGAGAAAAAUAUUAGACUGGCCAACUAGACUCUCAAUCGCACUUGGUGCAGCUCGAGGGUUGGCAUAUCUUCACACAUUUCCGGGACGUCCUGUAAUACACAGGGACAUAAAAUCUAGCAAUAUACUCCUGGAUCAUAGCAUGUGUGCAAAGGUUGCAGAUUUUGGGUUCUCAAAAUAUGCUCCACAGGAAGGAGACAGUAAUGUUUCACUUGAAGUAAGAGGAACUGCGGGCUAUUUGGAUCCAGAGUACUAUACAACCCAACAGCUAUCGGAAAAGAGUGAUGUCUUCAGCUUUGGUGUGGUCCUACUUGAAAUUGUGAGUGGUCGAGAACCUCUCGACAUAAAGAGGCCACGAAAUGAGUGGAGCUUGGUUGAAUGGGCUAAGCCAUACAUAAGAGCAUCAAAGAUAGAGGAAAUUGUGGAUCCUGGAAUCAAGGGAGGAUACCAUGCAGAAGCAAUGUGGAGAGUGGUGGAAGUGGCACUGCAAUGUAUUGAACCAUUCUCCGCGUACAGGCCAUGCAUGGAUGACAUUGUCCGUGAGUUGGAGGAUGCUCUGAUCAUAGAAAACAAUGCAUCGGAAUACAUGAAGUCCAUAGACAGCCUCGGAGGAUCGAACCGCUACUCUUUCGUCAUGGAUAAGAGGGUUCCGCCCUCUACUUCAUCUACUGCAGAAUCUACCAUCACAUCACAAACCUUGUCCCUCCCACAACCAAGAUAGUAGAAUGGGUCAAUGAAAUUUUUUAUGAUUCAUUGAUUAUUGGUUUAGCCAUUAUCUUAUUAUUCUGAAAUGGCAAACCAGAGAAUAUACUUGUGAAUGUACUUUCAUCCA